AGCCAAGACUCCCUCGAGCGCGAAAGACGACCCCUAUUCAAAAUGCAUGCAACAUCGGUUGUGUUGGUCGCCCUGUCCUUCCUAGAACAAUUAGUCGUGCCUCUAGUGGAGGCGAGCAGUAUUCCUCCUCAAGCCCAGGUCAUCGAUCAACGAUCCUUCAAUGUUUUGAAUGCAACGCAGCCACCAAGUGAAUUCAAUGCAAAGAGUGUUUUUGUUCCCCCAGGCCACACUGAAAAAAGCCUUAUCAAACGCCCAUUCCAUGUAUACGACCAGGAGUUUUUGAAGAUCAUUGGGAAAGCUCCAACUCUCACCCGGAUUGCGCACUCGCCUAAGAACCCUCUAUAUCACGAGGCCGUCGUAUGGGCAAAAGAAAAAGAUGAAGUUUUCUUCGUCCAGAACGCAGGUGCCAAAAAUGCCAGCACCGGACUCAACACAUCGGCCAUCAUCCAGAAGAUUUCUCUGGCAGAUGUAGCGACUGUUUCUAACCGGACCAAUGCUGUGGGUCUGUUCAACGUCUCCACUGUCCCGUCAUCACCGAUGGUGGUCAAUCCGAACGGUGCGACAAACUAUCGCGGAGAAAUCAUUCUCACUGGCGAAGGCCAGGGCGAUAAUAAGCCACCUUCCUUAUGGCUCAUGAACCCACAAGAGCCAUACAAUACAACUGUCCUCUUAAACAACUACUUCGGUCGCCAGUUUAACUCGCUGAACGACGUCGCCAUCCACCCGAAGAAGAAAGACAUCUAUUUCACAGACACAAUCUACGGAUACGUGCAAGAUUUCCGUCCCGCCCCGGGCCUGCAGGACCAGAUUUAUCGCUUCAACCCAGACACCGGGGCUGUAACGGUUGCUGCGGAUGGCUUUGAGCAUCCCAAUGGCUUUACCUUCUCGCCAGAGGGCGACUACGCAUAUGUUACCGACACCGGCAUCGACAGUGGGUUUUUCGGCGUGAAUUUUACUCGUCCCGCUUCGAUUUAUCGCUUCGAUGUCAAAGAAGACGGCACUCUCGAGAACCGCAAGACCUUUGCCUUUGUCAAUUCUGGCGCGCCUGAUGGCAUUCAUUGCGACUCCUGGGGUAAUGUAUACGCCGGCUGUGGCGAUGGCGUUCAAGUGUGGAAUCCGUCCGGCAAGCUCAUCGGGAAGGUAUAUAUUGGGUCUACUUCGGCGAACUUCAACUUCGCUGGGAAGGGCCGGAUGGUUAUUUGUGCUGAGACGGACCUCUAUUAUGUAACUUUGGAUGCUGCGGGAAGUUAUGUUGAUAGUGAGAUGUAG